AUGGCGAUGGCGAAUUGUUCAAGUCUUUCCAUCAACGUUAACGAUUUAUUGCAUCUACAGGGUGUCGAAACCCAACGAGUGGAAUUUAAGAAAGCAUGGCACAGCAAGAGGGAAGGCGGGACAUACUGGCAAGUUAUUCACACAAUCUGUGCCUUCGCGAACGAUUUUUACAAUGAUAAUGGCGGCUACAUUAUUAUCGGUGUAGAGGAGAAGGAAAAUUGGGAAAAUGACGCAGGUAACCGCCAGAUCAUUCUUCCGCCUCUUGGUGUUCCAGCUAGGGACCUCGAUCGAAUUCAAAAGGAGAUCAUGGGCGCAUGUCGAGCGAACAUCAAGCCUGAAUACUUCCCUAUCCUUUCACCCGAAGUCAUUAAAGUGGAAGGAGGGAGGACGCAUGUACUGGUGAUCUGGGCGAUGGCUUCCGAUAACCGACCCCAUACGUGUAGGGAAAGCGAGAAAGGGGAAAAUCGCUACUACAUCAGGCGAGCUACAGAAACGAGGAAGGCUUCACCAGACGAGGAACGUCGACUGCUACACAUGCACGCCAAGAUUCCAUUCGACGACAGGAGGGCGUUCGACUCAGGUAGUUUAAAAUGAUGACUAUUUCUCCCACACGCCUUCUAUAUAAAAAAAAAAAAAGACUCAGAAAUUAUCCCCUGACCAGUUUGAAAAGUUUUAAUUGAAGAAACUUAAGGAGAAUCCAAUAUAUAUGUAACAUAGGUGGCAGAGCCGACAUCGGCGGCUUCAGGGUGCACAUUAAAUUUUUGCCCACAGACGACUUAAGAACUACCCAAGAAGCACCAUGAAACAGGAACGCCUAAAAAACUGCCAACUGAUGCAUUGUCACAAAUCGAUUACGAACACACUAGACACUAUGAAAAUUGCAAAGAGGUUCGCUUGUGCCAACAAAGGGCAUUUUGGAAAAUUUAUGUAAGGGUAUGCGCAUGGCUGAGUGGAAGAUACGCCCCCCACAUGUUUCAAAACGCUCCUCCGCCUCUGUGUUAUGCAUAACAGCAUACAUACAAAAUAAUUUAUUCCACGUCACGCGUAUAAAUCUUUGAUUAACGGAUCAGAAAACAUUUAACACCAAACUCAUAGAUGGAUUUCGCCCAACAGGAAUCCUUUUGCGACAUUCAUUUUGAUUUAUAACAGAUGCAUUCGAAAUCCACUGAUUUUGGAUAGAAAAUCCGGAAAAACUGCAUGCCCAUUUUAAUUUCCGGCAAGGCAAACUCACAACGUAAGGUCCGGUUCAGACGCCGAAUUCUUAAUGGGCCGAACCUAAUACAUUGAAUUAAGUACAUGGAAAGUUCGACGUUUGAAUCAGUUAGGAACGCCUGUUUCAAGUUGGAACGGCUCAGCCGCUCUUUUCGCCUAGUCCUGCCGGGAAUUUCGGCUUUGGAGCGACUUUAGAACGGCUUUGAUUCCGACGCCGAACUCUUCGUGUAUUUUGUAAGCAGUUUGACUGAAAUGAGCAUUUUUCUACUUUUGAAUUUAGUUCGGCUGGAAUUAAGAAUCAAUUCAGCCGGUCUAAAUAAUAUGGGUCGGCCAUAAUUCGAAUUAGGUUCGGCUCAUGAAAAGUUCGGCGUCUGAACUGGGCUUUAAUUAUUCAUCUUUACAGGGUAAUUCGACACUCAUCAAAUUUACGUAAUUUUAAUUUGGCAAUUAUUGCCAAAUCCGUAUCAGCCAAGAUGCUGUAGUAAAUACCCGCUUCAAAGAAACGGCGGAUUAGGAAUAUUUUUAGAGCAUCCAACCAUCAAAUUAUUGAAAAAAAGAAUUUUAACAAAUGAAUUUGCUUUUAAAGCUUUUAUAUCUGAAUUCAAAUUUCCCACUAACCCUGCUUUGAACAACCCAGCAUUUCUGUCAGGGACAUUAACUUUUUUAUCUAAAUUUUCUUUCCUUAUCAGGCUUUGGCAAGCAGCUUUCAGAGGGCGAUAUAGAUUUUGCACUUGUCAAGAGAUUCUUAAAAGGCAUUAGAAGCAAGUUAUAUCAUCAAGAAGAUAAGAAUCCAACUUAUUUUUAUCAGAGGUUAAAACUUGUGAGGCACAUUGGAGAUAGAAGAGAUGGUGACAUGCUGGUCCCUGUUUGGGCUCCACGAAAUGUGGCUCUUCUGUUCUUUCACCCAGCCCCUCAUGAUUUUUUUUCGGGUGCAAAAACUGAAAUUGCUAUAUACACCUAUGAAGAUGAAGUGCCAGAGGAAAAUCUUAUCACUGGGCCUAUUGACCAGCAAAUCGAAGAAACACUGUCUUUUAUUCUAACUACAACAAAAGAAGAAGCUGGUCAUGAAUUUGUGGCUUAUCCAUCGAGAGCUCUUCGGGAGGCAGUUGUUAAUGCAUUCCACCACAGAGGCUAUGAGGAAUGUGACAAUAAUCCUAUAAAGAUUCACAUCAAGCCAAACUGCAUUGAAGUCAUUAGCUAUCCAGGACCUGAUCCCACUCUCAAACCAGAGGACUUUACUGAAGGAAAGGAAGUACCAUGUGUUCCUUCCAGAAACAGAAGGAUUGCUGAAUUCUUGAAAGAAAGGAAAUUAGCUGAAGGGCGGUUUACUGGAGUCAGAACAAUUUAUAGAAGCAUGAAGAAAAACAACAAUCCCAAACCAUCCUUUGAGUUCAGUAAAACCCAGUUCAAAGUUCGCCUCCCCGGACAUCCUAAGUAUAUGGCAUACUCAAUUCGAAGAGAAGUUGACAAUCUUUGUGCAAAGGGAGACAAAAAUGAGGCCAUCAAGUCACUUAAAGGAUUCCUUGAUGAACAUCUUACAGAGGACAAUUCAUUUUGGGGUUCUGAAAUGCUAAUUUCAAAACUCUUGGAGUUAAAUGACAAUGACAUCAACCAUCCAAACAUUCAACCCUACAAACACCUUAUCUCUGACAAAAUGGAACGGCGCAUGCCCCUCAUAACAAAAUUAUGUAAAUGGUGUGUUAGCGAUGAAACCACAGACAUUUCCACAGGUGUUGAGAUCGUGAAGAAGCUUGUAAAAGAAGGUGCAAGGUAUGAAGACCUGGACUCUGUUGUAAGGAAGGCAGUGGAUUUAUGCACUGAGAAAAAUGAGAGAGGUCAACGGGUACUGCAAGCUUGCCAAAAUGCCCACAAGCUAUUUGAAGCAAUGGGAGAGUUAACCCAAACAAAUGGUUAUGUGGCAUACCAGUUUGCUUUCUGCAAGUUUAACUUGUACUGCAUGCAAGCUGUUUCACCAAGAAUAAGGCGAGACCUAACAGGUUACCUCAAAGAUGCAGAGGAUAACAUCAACAGAGCUAUACAGCUUACAAAUGAAGACUACAAGCACCAUCUGGCCAAUCAUUACCGUCAGCUUGGCUACAUCCAUUCUCAACUAGAGAUCAUCCGUAAAUCAACAGUAGAGCAAAUCGUUGCUUUCUAUGAAAAAGCAAGAAAGUACAACCCCAAGAUAGAGAUCAACCAGUUGUUCAUUCCACCUGGAUAUCAGUUCCGGGACAUGGGGAGCCCUACAAGUAAUGUCACAUCCUUGGAAUGGAGUGUCUCAUCAUAA